AUGGCUCCGAAGCAAGUAGGUGGUUUGGGAGUUGGGGAUGCGGUGAUUCGAAAUACAGCUCUGUUGUUCAAGUGGUGGUGGAGGUUCUCAAAAGAAGAUUGUCCUUUAUGGAAGAAAGUUGUUUGCUCCUGCAACAGCAUGAAUCCCACUGUGAUGCUGCAAGGCCAGCCGGCGCCCAUAAGAGGGGGUCCUUGGCGGGAUAUAUGCCAACUACAAAUUAGUGAGUUGCAGUUGCGAGAAAAGAUGAUCAGCGGGUUGUCUAUGGAGCUCGGAUCCGUUAUAGGGGAUUGUGGGUUUUGGGAUGGGCUAGAGUGGAUUUGGAGUUUUCAGUGGAGGAGAGAGUUGUUCCAAUGGGAGUUGGAUUUAGUUCACCAGCUUCAUGAGAUGCUACAAUCGGUCAAGCCCACCAAUGAAAAAGAGGAUGGCGUGGUAUGGAAAUUUGAUAAAACAGAAGUUUACUCAACGGCUUCCUUUGGGAAGGUUUUGCAUGCGGAAGUACUACCAGAGGAAAUCACUAGCUAUAGCUUCACUCGUACUGUUUGGAAAGGUCUGGUACCUCCGAGGGUUGAGCUGCUUACUUGGUUUGUCUUAGUUGGAAGGGUGAAUACUAAGGAUCGACUAUGUAGAUUCCGGGUUAUUCCUCAGCAGGAUAAUAGGUGUGUGCUAUGCGAUAAGGCUGAGGAAACUGUUUUUCAUUUGUUCCUUGAGUGCGAGACCACAUGGAAGGUGUGGUGUGCUUGGCUGCGGGCCUUGGGACGACAGUGGAGCCUUCCAGGUACACUAAAGGAUCACUUUGAAAGCUGGACGAAGCUAUCUGUAAGGAAGGUAGACAGAAAGAGGUGGUUCCUUGGGUUCUUUGCGGUUAUUUGGACAACCUGGCUAGAAAGGAAUGGUAGGCUCUUCAGAGAUCAUACUUCCAGCAUGGAGGACAUCAUAAACAGGUCGUUUAGGUACUCUGAGGAAUGGAGUGGUGUUGACCCAUUUGGUUGUUGA